UCGAAUUUUUUUUGGGUGUGAUUCGGUUGGGUGUAAUUCGGACUAAAAUAAACUUUUGGGUGGUAUUUAUUGUGAUUUUCCAAGGAAAAAGAUGUAAUCGCGUUUUUAUCAAUCGUAUCAGAGAUUUUCCUUCUUUUCUUUGGGUUCUUCUAUCAUUUCCGUAGUUAUCUCGCGCAUUCAGAUAAAAUGACACGUACGUGGAAUAUUUUCUGCGUGGCACUUUUUGCAUUUCCCAUUGUUUUGGGAGACGGUGGUGGUGGUCACAUCGAGAGCAAUGCAACAAUUCCGCAUGAUUCCCCCGUACAGGGGAAGACUGGCUUCGUGUCCGUGGAAGGUGGAAGUAUCCCGACCAAUUGGACACAGAAGAGUGUGAAGAAGGAACUCGGGGAGAUGCCAAAGUUAACCAAUACGACGACAGCAGAGAACAAAAGUUCGGAUAUUCCGGGAAAUAUUACGAGUACUGUGAUUCCUGCCGUUCCAGCACUUCCUCGGCCAGAACCGAAGAAUAUCACAUUGCCAGUGGUGUCCGGAAAUGGCACAAAUUCAACUAAAUCCACUCCGGAAGCGCCUCAUCCGGACAAGGGUAAUAAAACAGAGAGUUCUGUGAAGCUUCCGACAAAUUCCACAACGGAAGCUGCCAAAACCAGUAGCACCACUUCCAGUACGACAACCACAACCUCAACUACGACGACCACAACGGCAAGGCCAAAGAAACCCCAUCUUACUGUCAGCGUAGAGGAUGAUCCGAGUCUACUGGAUGUACCCGCUAAAUCCCCGAAACAUCCACCGUCUUCCGAUUCAGGACGUCUCGACGUGGAGGAGCCUGUGGCGCAAUUAUCACAGGAAAAUAUCCUCGAGAUGCCUGUCAAUCAUCGGGACUACAUUGUUCCCAUUGUUGUGCUAAUCUUCGCCAUCCCAAUGGUUCUGGGACUUGCAACUGUUGUUGUUCGGCGCUUCCGGGAUUUCUGGUUAACACGUCACUACCGUCGAAUGGACUACCUCGUAGAUGGGAUGUACAAUGACUAGGAAAAGCUACGCAUCAAGGAGCGAAAAAUUUCAAGCUUAUCCUGAAAUAAAGAGAGAGAAAAAAGUAUCGAGAAGAGGAAGAAACUUCCUCCCGCCGUCUAGCAAUCUGACGGGCUUUAUCGCUGAAGCAAUAAUCCAAUUAAUGCUUUUACGUUUUAUACUGUGUAAAUAAUGUAUAUUUUGAUGAUAAUUUGGAAUAAAUAACCUGGGAAUUUG